AUGGUUGUGAGUCUGGGGGACCUGGGCUUUGGGGGUCUGGGGGACCUGGGCUUUGGGGGUCUGGGGGACCUGGGCUUUGGGGGUCUGGGGGACCUGGGCUUUGGGGGUCUGGGGGACCUGGGCUUUGGGGGUCUGGGGGACCUGGGCUUUGGGGGUCUGGGGGACCUGGGCUUUGGGGGUCUGGGGGACCUGGGCUUUGGGGGUCUGGGGGACCUGGGCUUUGGGGGUCUGGGGGACCUGGGCUUUGGGGGUCUGGGGGACCUGGGCUUUGGGGGUCUGGGGGACCUGGGCUUUGGGGGUCUGGGGGACCUGGGCUUUGGGGGUCUGGGGGACCUGGGCUUUGGGGCUAACAUCCCACAGCAGCUCUGGGGGAACGUCCCAGGGCUUUGGGGGAACAUCCUGCAGUGGGGCUGA